GCCGAGAUCCCUCCAUCCAACACACGAAAAACGACUACACUAUCACCUACUCUUCGAGGAUCGUAGCCGACACUUACCAGCAAACAACAACGUCAAGAUGUCGGACGUAGAAGAGAACAACGCCCCGGUUCAGGAGGAGGUUGAGGUGUCGGCCGAUGCUGCCAAGGGCCAGAUGUCGGUUCUGGACGCCCUCAAGGGUGUCCUGAAGCUGUCUCUGAUGCACGACGGCCUCGCCCGCGGUCUCCGUGAGGCUUCCAAGGCCCUCGACCGGAGGCAGGCGCACAUGUGCGUGCUCAACGAGUCGUGCGAGGAGGAGGCCUACAAGAAGCUCGUCAUCGCCCUCUGCUCCGAGCACAAGAUCCCGCUCAUCAAGGUGCCGGACGGCAAGCAGCUUGGCGAGUGGGCUGGUCUUUGCGUUCUCGACCGCGAGGGCAACGCCCGCAAGGUUGUCAACUGCUCUUGCGUCGUCGUCAAGGACUGGGGUGAGGAGUCGCAGGAGCGCUCUAUCCUCCUCAACUACUUCCAGUCUGAGGCUUAAGCGAACCAAGCACGGGGUGAGGUUGGCCGCAUUCCGUAAGGAAGGAAGGUGAAAGAGGAAGUCACAGAGGGAUAUGGACUAAGGGUUGACCUCUUGGAUUACGAUCCGGUGACAUUUUCCUCAAGGGUUUUACUCUUGCUCUCACAAGCUGGCAAGAUUGGUGGCGGGAAAUAUGGGAGCCUCCUUUCACGCGGCUGCCCUUUGCAUACGGCAUGGGACGCUGAGCGAGAGUCAAAAAAAAGAAUAAAAAGAAAGCCUCACAGCUGGCAGUUCCGGUUGACGCCCAACCAUCCUA